UUUUGGGAUUUUCUAAAGCUUCUCUUCCAGUUUUGCAUCUCAUUAAGCACAAAAUCCUUCCUUAAUGGCCAAGCCAGCUCUACGAUACUUAUUUACUUCAGCGGCAUUCUUGGUUUCUCAGAUAACAGUCGUCAAUUCCUACUAGCUCGGCCUUAUUGCCCACAGCUAUCAUGCCUCGUGUAUGUCCAACGGUUGCUCUUUCUGGAGUAUGCGUUGCCGCUUCACCCUUAUCACACGCUUGGAAUCCAGCAACGACCACAGGAACAGCAACUUGAGCAGCUGAACGACAUCCGUGGAAGGUAUAUGGUGGCAAGCUCGCAGACAGCACUUGCAGAGUGA